AUGGAUACAAAGACUAAGUACUUCUCAAAGGAUAUCAAGGAGAUGGCUGGUACGCCAUAUGGUGAUACUGAUAAACAUUCAAAGUUUAUGAAGUUAGCUUUGAACGAGGCAAAGAAAGCUUUAGAUGAAGGAGAAGUACCUGUAGGCUGUGUAAUAGUUCACAACGAUGUUGUAAUUGCACAGGGAUCAAACAAGACCAAUAUCAAGAAGAAUGCAACGAGACAUGCAGAGGUUGAAGCAAUAGACUCAAUAUUCUUACCUGGUGGACAACAGCAUCAUCUUUGUGAGCAGUACAACAAUGAGAAGUUGUUGAGCGAGUGUCAACUAUACGUCACUGUGGAGCCUUGCAUAAUGUGUGCUGCAGUACUACAACUGGCACAUAUUGGAACUGUGUACUUUGGUUGCUACAAUGAUAAGUUUGGUGGCAAUGGCUCUAUCCUCACUAUACACAGUGUCGACAACUUUGAGUAUGGUCAUCCCUACAACUGUGUGUCUGGUGUGCUCAGGGAGCAAGCGAUACACGUCCUCCAGAAGUUCUACUUCCAAGAGAACAAGAAGGCCCCUGUACCAAACAAGAGGAAGCGCGUUGAUCCAGACCUCAACAAACAAGGUGACAAUGAUGAGGAUGAAGACGAGGACGACACAACAAUGGAGACAACAUCAACGUCAUCAUCGACGAUCACAGCUACAUAG